UGUCGCUGCAAGAAAGCAUGGCGUUCACGACAGAAGAGAUUCUGAGCUACUUCACAACGACAGGCUCUAACCCGCUCACAUCUCGCCUCCCGGAGAACAUCGACAUCCUGCCGACGCCGGGACGCGGGCUCUUCGUCCGCGGGAAAGAGGCGGCCGAGCGUCGGAGAGCGAGGGACUAUUCCUUCGGACCCCGGGAAGUCCGAGACGACGAGGAACAACAGCUGCCAGGCCCCGGCUUCGGGGAGCCGGUCUACAAUCUGGACAGGGCGGAAGACGUUGACGUAGACGAGGACUAUUUCCAGCAGCUCUCGUUACGCUACGACGACGACGGAGCGUUUUAUGGAGGAAGCGAGGCCGUUGUGUCGUUUUACGGACGCUACUCUUUCGCCAAGGACGACUCUCCGCACCUCCCCGUGACAGAACGGAGGGAGGAGGUUGUGCGUACGAUUGAGUCGAAUCAAGUGACCAUAGUACAGGGUGCGACGGGGAGUGGGAAGAGCACGCUGGUGCCGCAGUAUCUCCUGGAACACUACGCUGGAAACUGCAACACUGCAACAUUGUCUGCACACAGCCUCGCAGGAUAGCCACACGGAGUAUUGCUCAUUACGUGGCGCACACCAGAGGCUGGAACUUGGGCACUAUAGUGGGCUACCAGAUUUACAACGACAAGAUGACCUCUGACGACACGCGACUGACCUUUGUCACCACUGGCGUUCUCCUGGAGAAGUUGAUCGGGAUGAAGAACAUGAACGAGUACACUCACAUCAUUCUGGACGAGGUACACGAGAGGAACCUUGAGACGGAUCUUUGCCUACUUCUGGUCAGAAAACUCCUCAGAACCAACUCCAGACAUGUCAAGGUGGUGCUGAUGUCAGCAACCUUGGAGAGCCGAGAGUACUCCCAGUAUUUCAGGGUGCGGCUGCCGAGUCAGGCCACACCCACCCCCGCCCCCGUCCUCUCCGUUGAUGGGAGGGUGUGGCCUGUCAUGGAGUUCUACCUCGAUGACCUCCGAGAUUUCGGAGAGGUAGAGGGGCUGGUGGCUGACAACCCGCGAGUCAACCUGACCCAGAGACUGAUGUGCAAAGCUCUCAUCAACCACUUCAACCGGCUCGAGAUGGAGGAUCCCAGUUACGGAAGAGGUGAUUUCUUCAGAGGAACCGUCCUCUGUUUCCUCCCAGGGAUGCCUGAUAUAAGGGACAUGGAGAGGACACUCAAAGAAGACAACUUCGACGAAGUUCAGAGGCUGUCUAUUCUUCCACUGCACUCAUCCGUGUCACAAGAAGAGCAGUAUAGAGUGUUCCUGGCUCCUCAGGAUGGGACGAGAAAGGUCAUCCUGGCUACCAAUAUUGCAGAGAGCUCCAUCACCGUACCAGACAUCAAGUAUGUGGUGGAUUUCUGCAUGGUGAAGCAGCUGCUGACAGACCAGGAGACAGGGUUCGACCGACUGGUCACCACGUGGGCCUCCAAGGCUGCCCUCAAACAGAGGAAGGGGAGGGCGGGGCGAGUCUCUGCCGGCCGUUGCUACCGUCUCAUCAAGAGAGAGUUCUUUAGGAAAUACUGUCCCAACUACUCCGUCCCCGAGAUGCAGCGACGGAGCAUCGAGCACCCGGUGCUCAAGACAAAGAAACUGGACAUGGGCGAGCCGACGCAGAUCCUCUCUCUCGCUCUCCAGCCUCCCAGCAAGGUGGACGUUGAGAAAGCCGUCACCAACCUCAAAGAGCUUGGAGCGCUCACGGUCACCUGUGGGGGUGUGGUCAACCCGGCCGAUGGAGACCUCACCUUCGUGGGCUCCCUCCUGGAGGCUCUUCCAAUUAGUGCCCGCCUGGGGCGCCUCAUUCUCUUGGGCCACGUGUUUGACUGCCUGGAGGAGACCGUUGUCAUAGCAGCUGCCCUCAGCCAGAGGAGCAUCUUCACUGGCCUCUUCAAUAACGAAAUGAAGGCAUACAGGUCGAAGAUUGGUUGGAUGGAGAGGACCAGCAGUGACUGCAUCGCAGUUCUAUUUGCCUACAAGGAGUGGAUAAGACUCCAGAAAGUGGGCUAUUUCAGUACCAGCAAGCGGAAGGAGGCCAGCUGGUGCAGUGACAACAUGCUCCAUCUCAACGGACUGAAAGGGGUGGCGGACACAGUUCGCGACCUCUCGACCCGACUGGCUCGCUUCAGGAUCCAGGUCCAGCGAGAUCUGGCAAACACAGAAAUGAACAAGACAGAUAUCCUGAUAUUGAAGGUGGUGCUGUGUGGAGCGUUCUACCCAAACUACUUCCGAUGGGGAGUGGGGGACGAGGAGGUCAACCGACGAUUGUUCUGUGGACACAACCACUGCACCACUGUCAUGUUGGCAGGACUCCCAGCUAACGGCCCGAAGUACGCAGGAGACAUCUGUACAAUGUUCUCUGACUGUGUGGAACCCAGAGCUGAUUUGCGAGGGAAAGCUCUUCACUUUGACGGCAGCAAGGUGUUUGUGGAGUUUGAACAGAAGAAACAGAGGGGACGCCAGGCCGUGCUGGACUCAGUCCUCAUUGCCCUGAAGAAACGCCAAAUGAGAGAGCCUCUCGCCCUCUACAUCGCUGAAAAUAUUCCCGAAACAUUGAAAUUUAGACCACCAGAGGAAACAGGAGAAGAAGUGCGUGAAGAUUUCAGCUCCGACGUGGCGGAGAUCAAACCAGCAGAGAUACCUCGCAGUGGAGAGCUAAAGGUGAUGGUCACUGAUGUAGUGGAUGCCGGUCAUUUCUGGGUCCGGCGCUGCGACAGAGACACAACGAGAGUCCUGCGCGACGUCAUGUCCUCCAUCGCCAACCGCACCCUCCUCCCGCUCACGGGGGACUACCUCAAGUUCCAGGGAACGUUCUGUCUGGCCAUGUUCACCAGUGACGGACUCUACUAUCGAGCCAGGAUCGACUCCAUCAACAUGUCUCACAACUGCGCCACUGUGACAUUUGUGGACUACGGGAACACGCAGACAGUGUCUCUGGCGUCUCUCACACGACUGCUCCCGCGCGAGUGCCAGCUCCCGGCACAGGCCCUGGAGUGUUACCUGACCUGUGUGAGGCCGGCCCCCGCCCACUCCACCGAGGGCUCCGCCUGGGCGGACACCGCCAACGCCUACUUUGAUGAGCUGGUACGGGAGAAGAGACUAGUGGCCAAGGUGUUCUCUCGUGUGACUGACACACUGAGGGUGGAGCUCUACGACCGAAACAGGAGAGACGACGUCAGCAUCAAUGAGAUAAUGGUGUUGGAAGGUUAUGCCACCAAGUGCGAAGAACCCUACCUCUCAAAGAUAGCGUUUGCGCAGAUACGUGCCCAAGAGAAGGCGGAGCAGGCAGCGAGUCACAUGACCGCCCACCUGGAAACGGAGGGGGAGGAGCAUACUCCAAACCCCUCGCCCCCCUCACAUCCCCCUCCUACCAAGUCGUCGCCUGGGUUACCAAUUCUGUGCGUCGGGGCACCAGUAGCCGCGUCAACAGAUCUGCUCGCAAGAUAAACCUGAAGGGACCGUCCUCUCCGUAUGAGGUCAAGUUCUACUGCAUGACCAACGUGGGUUCCCUCCGUCCGUCCCACACGGAGAGAGACUCGGUCAACUCCGUUGUCGUGGACCCGGAGCCCCAGACCAAGCACGAGAAGAUGAUGGUGGCUGCCAACGUGGCUCUGAGCCCCUCGGGGACUACCACUCUGGCGAGGGAGACCACACUCAUGCCCAGCAUCCUGGGUCUUCCCUACCUCAUGUGUCUAUUGUUUGCCCCCUCUGCCGAAAUGAGGUGUGACGUCAAGAAGCGGCGCUACGUGGGAGCAAUCUGUGGGCUGGGUUCAGACCCCAUCACCGGACAGAGCCUCCACCGCGAUCACGACAUUGAGCUCGUCUUCGACGCCCUCAUCUCUCAGGAAGACCUCGGAAUAGUCAACUGUGUGCGGUCCUGUAUGAACAUCAUGCUGUCCACGGACCCCAGCGAGAGGGACGUGGUCGCCUGGGGAACCGAUGCCGUGAGAAAGAUACAGAGAGAGGCCAGAUAUAAACUACUGGAGUUGCUGAAACGUGAGAGAGAGCCGGCCAACCCGUACUCCACACCCAAGAGAGGCUGGAACCAGGUGUCGCCGGGAGACGUCCUGUUGCCACAGCAACCGUCGGCGGGGGCAACCCCGGGAGACGGUGUGGAGGAGGAGGAGGGUCCGGACAUCCUCGUCCCCUUCCCCCUCCUCAGCGGGAUAGCUCUCUCGGGGAUGAGACCCAGAGAGGUCAAGGGGCAAGGCAGAAUGAGCAUUGGAGAACUAAGAGAGGCAAUGAGAGAGCUUCACUCCAAGGCAUCCAAGUCUGAAAUACCGGAAACCCUGGUGUGUGUGUUGUGUGAGGCGACUGGACUCAGUUUCUCGACACCGCGAGAGCUGCUGGACCACAUCCACGGCAAGUCCCACAUGGUAAGAGAGAGAAAACUGUGGGACGACGGACUGGCACCCAGUAUCGUAUCCGAGCUCCAUGCCACACCAAACCAACAGUAAUAUCCUGUCACCACUACAAUAUCUACUUUUGCCUUUUUCUUUUUUUCCUCUGUAUACAUUAGUCCAACAGAUGCGAUUCAUACAUUUUUUCGUUAAACUUUCAUUAUCUAUAAUAUAUACCGUCUCACCAAUCAUCCAUCAUCAUCAUCAUCAGAUUUCGUCAAUGACUGCGUGCGGAAGCCGCCGCGCGGUGUGUUUACACCGCGUGCGUUAGCUUUGCGCUUUGAUGGCCGCCGCCCUAUAAAGGCUGACGGAAAAAGCGCGUGGAAGGUUUAUACUUCCACUUCUAAACCAGGGCAGGUAUAUAUUCUAUCUUAUCUGGCGGAUCGCUCAGUCAACUUACUAUGGCCGCAGUUAUGGCAGAGUACGCCACACUAAGCGAGGCUCUACCUAGACAGCAGCUGCCGUCCCCUCCCUCCAGACCCAGCGACGCAGCUGCCGAGCCAAUGGCCGCCUCCAAGCAGUACCGAGUCAAGAACGUCGACAUGAAGGGAAGAAUCAUACACGUCGGGUUCCUCGAGGUCUCGGAGAUCGGCGUCACGUUCAGUUUCGAGCACUACCCGGCAGAGGCCAUCCACUGGCCGCUCAACUGCAUCAGACGCUACGGAGUGAACGCAGUCACUGGCGUUCUCGCACUGGAGGUCGGGCGGCGCGCACCCACGGGCGAGGGGCACUUCGGUUUCCGAGCGGACGAGGCGGACGAGAUCUGCACCGUGUUGGACCACUUUACCAGCUCCAGCGGUCGCCUGUGGCAGGUCUAGACCGGCGCGACUCUUCCUUCUCCGUCCCUAGUUCGUGUGUCGUUGCGUAACGUGUGUCGUCCGUGUUCGUUUCUCGUGUUUGUGUGGAGCGGGCCCCACACCACUGGCCCGCUACGUACUCCGUGGUGUGUUCGACCCUUGUUUUGUCAACCUUACUGUUUACCAACAAAGCCCACUCACUUCACCCAGAGUUGUUUUUCGUUUUCUUGAAUAGCCACAGGAAAAAUUAUGUUGCAUUGCAAUAACAUGUAUUGUUGAAAAUUUUAAAAAUAAUCCAAAAUCAUUGAAACAUGA